CAGAGAAUUGUUUUGUUAAUAUGAUGGGUGCGGAAAUGCUGACAAGGGAGAAGCUCAUCCCAGAUAUUUGCCUGCUUUGUUUGUGUUGAACCAGCUCCAUGUAACUUAUUAAUGAAGCUGGGGAGGUGGGGGGGUGGGGGGGUUCUCCACGCAAAAUCAGACAAAGAAUAAAUAAAUGAAUAAAAAUAUAUAAAUGAAGCAGGAGGAUUGAGUGAAACAGGAGCUAAGGAGGAGAAGCGCUUUGGCUCCAUCAUGAGAUCAGAUGAAAGAACGGACCUGGAAGAAGAAGAAGAGAAGUGGGGUGGGUGUGUGUGUGGGGGGGGUUCCCUGCUGGUAGAGAUGUGUGUGUGUGUGAAGUCAUCUCUGUCGCACACAAACACACACCCAGACACACAAACACACCCUCUCUGCUCAGUGGCUCCGUCAGUCGGAUCAACACUCUGCUGGAGGACGGCAGCACAAAGAGGCUGUGCUGGCGGCUCGUGCACACCUCAGCGCACACGCACACGCUCAGUGAGGCACAACCGGCCAGAGGAAGAAGAGGAGGUCAGGGAAGACGGGACGUCUGGAAGGAGCAGGUUGUCAUCGGCUGGUCUCCUGCCUGAGGCCUCCUGCUGCCUAGAGGGGCGUGCGCCCGACGCACACGUGUGGGCGGCGCCAUGCUGUGGACGCUGCUGCUCGCCUUGCUGCUGCUCCUGCUGCUGCAGGCUCAGCUCUCCGUGUGCUUGAGGGACCUGAGCUCCAGGAGCUUCGGCUCCCCUCUGGAGUCCUCCUCCUCCUCCCACAACGCCACCCAGCAGCGCCUCCCUGGAGCCAUCAUCAUCGGAGCACGGAAGGGCGGCACCAGGGCGCUGCUGGAGAUGCUGAACCUGCACCCACAUGUGGAGGUGGCAAAGGCCGAGGUACACUUCUUCAACGUGGAGGAGCACUACCGCCGCGGUCUGGACUGGUACCGAGCCCAGAUGCCCUUCACCCUCCCCGGUCAGCUGACCCUGGAGAAGACCCCCGGGUAUUUUGCGUCUCCUCCGGUUCCUGCGCGGGUUUGGGACACGAACCCGGCCGUCCGCCUGCUGCUCAUCGUCCGCGACCCGGCAGAGAGGCUGGUGUCGGACUACACCCAGGUCCUCCACAACCGGCUGACGCAGCACAAGUCCUACCCGCCUCUGGAGGCGCUGCUGCUCCACGGAGGCCGCAUCAACCCGGCCUACAAGGCGCUGCAGAGGAGCUUAUACCACCAGCACCUGGCCCGCUGGCUGGAGGUCUUUCCCAGGGAUCAGAUCCACGUGGUCGACGGCGAUGCCCUCAUUCGGGAUCCGUUCCCUGAGCUGAGGAAGGCCGAGACGUUCCUGGACCUGCCCCCCAGGAUAAGCCCCAGCAACUUCUACUUCAACGACACCAAGGGCUUCUACUGCCUCCUGUCUGCCGGACACGACAAGUGCCUGGACGAGUCCAAAGGCCGGCCGCACGCGCCGCUCAGCGCUCCCGCCCUGAAGCAGCUCUGCCGCUUCUUCAGGAAGCCCAACAAGCUGUUCUUUGAGAUGGUGGGCCGGUCCUUUUCCUGGUGCUGAUCCGGGAACUCUGUGAGGCCCUCCGGACCCUGCAGAGGCAGAGAGGUCCUGGACAAACACAGACCUGCAGACGUGACCUCUGACCUCCGUUCUUGCACUAAAAGCAGAAAAAGUCAAUCAUUGUAAAAAGACAGGAAGAGCUUGUUUGUGUGUUUGUGUAGUUUUCAGUUUUUACCCUUUUUCUUAUUUCAUCAGAGUUUUUUUUAAAUCUCUGAAUGCCAACGAGGCGUCGAAAAUAAAAGCUCUGGAGUUGUGCAGCUCUGAGGAGAUUCAGCUGACGGGCACAGAAACAAAGACGGGGAGGGGCUCCCUGUCAGCGUCCGGCCCACGUCUUCAUCACGCCGAGGAUCAAAGGCGCCGUGAUCCGUGCCAGCGCUGCCUCUCUCCUGUGGAGGGAUCACGCUCAGACGAACGCACCUGGAGGUCAGCGGAGGGGCUUCACGCUCAGAUCCGACAGUUCAAAGACUUGAAAGCACCCAGACGCCCCCCCUCCCACCCCCCACCCCACAGGAGGGGCCCAGGAAAAUGCCGUUCACCGCAAAUGUUGCCUUCAUGCUGUCAGAACCACUUCUGAUGCUCGGAGUCUUCAGCCAACAAACAUCUGUCCAGGUCUUCAGCUGUGGAACACGAACCAGAACCUCCAGACCAGAACCUCCAGACCAGAACCUCCAGACCAGAACCUCCAGACCAGAACCUCCAGACCAGAACCUCCAGCAGAACUCUGAGGAGACACCAGUCCAGACAUUCAGAUUAUAUUUGAAACCUCAAAAACAGGUGAUCCACCAAAAAGCUGAAUCUGAUUCAGCAUCAACGUUUUGGCUUUUUCGUCUCCUCCAAGGAUUCAGAAAAACAAACAAAAUGAUAAAAACACAAAAACUGUUUUUAUGAGGAUUUAGUGAUGAUAAAAAAAACCUGCCUGACCUUUUGAGAUAAGCAGGAUUGUCCAGCAGAGGUCAGAAUUCACAGUUUUCUUCCAUCUAAAAGCCAAAAACCAGUCCCUCACUAUCAUGCCCCCGCCUCCGUGUCUGCUCAGCAGUGUCUUUCUCCUUCAACUAUCCAUGGAUGCACGUUUGUCCAGAAGGCUCCUUCUGACGGUUGGAUCAUGACCUUUGACCUGGACUGAGUCCAGUGAGGCCUGCAGGCCUCCGGAUUCUCUCAGAGCCUCCUGGAUGAGUCCUCCUGGUGAUUUCCGACUCUUUUGGGCCUCUCCUGCUCGUGAAAAGCUUUUCCGCGUCACAAACAUCUGAACGUUUAUGAAAAGAACUUGCUGCUGCUGAACCAGAGGGAGGGAAGGAGAAAUAUUAGUCAGGAUUGAAGGCUGGUGGAGGAGGAGAGCUUCAUAAACUUUCCUCUAAAGAUCUUUAACUAAAAAACAAGACAAAAGCAGUGAAGAGCAGGGAUCUCAGGAGUGCAGAGCAGACGGGUUUGAAGUGCCUGUAGGACCUUCAGGAUCAUCUCAGAGCUGCAAUGAGAUCUGAAAGCUGACCGCCGCUCGCCUCGCCGCUCUUCCCUCUGAUGAACGCAGGACAUGUGGGAGCAGACGGCCGAUUCUGCUCUUUGAAGAUGUGAGGCGGCGCCGCCUUUCACGCCUUCCCUCAGAGAGCCUCAUGGCGUGGUCAACCCCCCCCCCUGCCACUAUUAAUCAGCUGCUUUUUAUGGCUUCAUCUGCAGCUUUGAUUCACCUGAAACUCAGGAACUACUUUAAGGAGGAAAACCUUCGUCCUAAGUUGAUGAAAGAAACUCUUUUAAAAGCAAAAUGCUGGGAUCAGACAGGAAGUUCAUCUGAAGAACAGUCAGAAAUCUACAGUUAGAUUUAAUUUAACAAUACAUUCGGUUUUUUUGUUCUGCUUUUUUUGGCCUAAUUGCUGCAACCCAACAAAACAGUCUGAUUAACUUUAAAACCCCAGAAGAAAAUUGUUUUUAGAGUUUUUUAGGGUUAAAAUGAAACAUUAAACGUUAAAGAGUAGAUUGAAAAACUGGCCAAAGUCGAUGAAAGUAAAGUCGAAAACAGUUGUUUUACUAAGAAAUAUUUGUUUUAUUUCACGAGAUAGAUUCAAUUCAUACAUGUAACACCAAUAAAAUGUGACAGUCAGACAAUAAAGUUCAAGGUAACGAUGGGGAAA